UACUGAGCGCAUUGAGCAUUGAGUUUCCCAUCUGGUAUUGAUUGUGGAUCUUUAGAAGAAAUGGGAAGAAAGUGAAAAAUUGAGUGAGGAAUUUGUGCCAUGUAUUCAUUCGAGUUCUUGUUGAGAACGUGAAGAUUUAGCAUAAAUACUAGUUUGACUGUUAUAAUUAGUUGCUUGUUUUUACAGCUGUGUUAAAAAUGGCAUGGUUUGGCAUCCGAGUUGGUGUAAGCAAAGUUCUUCCACCUCUUCCAAGAGCUACUACAGCUAGUAAAGCGUUACUGCAGAUUAAUUUAAAAGUACCAUGCCCUAUUCAUGCAGCAUGUAUUUCAGGCUCAGCUCUUAGAGACAAAAGCAAGGUCAGACCAGCCCCAUUUCCUUACAAGACCAAAAGCUAUAAUUUCUGGCGUGCGUGGUUGCAAGAUACAACAACUGACAGGUUUGACGAAAACACCAAAAUUGUUGUCGUUGAGGGGCCGAUCGCGGCUGGAAAAACGGCAUUUGCUAAGAGUCUGGCCGAAGAUUUAGACAUGUUACAUAUGCCUGAAGUUACAAUGGAUGAUUUUUAUAUCAACAGUUAUGGUUAUGAUAUGAGAAAACUGGACCCUCAACUGCCAGUAGGAGCAAGGAGUUAUGAUGAAAAGAAUUUCUGUACAGAGCCAAAUCAUGAAAAUACAGCCAACUUUCAAAUAAUGAAGUACAAACUGCGAUACUCACAGUAUAUUGAUGCAUUGGCUCAUCUUAUGAACACAGGACAAGGAGUUGUUUUGGAGAGGUGUGCUUACAGCGACUUCGUGUUCAUGGAGACCAUGCACAAUGCUGGCUACAUAAGCAAAGGAGCUCGUGAUGUGUAUUAUGAUAUAUAUAAAAACACAAUAGGGGAACUGAUGAAACCACAUCUUGUGAUCUACUUGGAUGUCCCAGUGCCCCUUGUACAGCAGCGUAUUAAAGAGAGGAAAAUUCCAUAUGAGAUCAGCUCGAAAGUUUUCACAAAACAAUACUUGUCUGACAUGGAGUACUUCUACAAGCAGCGCUAUCUCAAGGAAAUUGGAAGCCAUGCAGAGCUGCUUAUCUAUGAUUGGUCCAGUUAUGGAGAUGUGGAAGUGGUGGUUGAGGACAUUGAACGAAUUGACUUUGAUAAUUUUGACAAAUAUGAUCCCAAAAUGAAGGACUGGCGGUUGACAAAUGAAUGGGACUGGAACACUGCCAGGAUACGGUACACCUCUGAGAAAGAUGACCUGUUGACCUUGUUCAUGAUUCCACGACUAGAUGUCCCAGAGUUGGUUCUUAAUGCCCAUGAUGUACAUAAGUUGAAUCAGGUGUGGUGGAAUGCUCCAGGAAUGAAGUAUGACAAGGAAUUUAACACUGAUAUGGGGGAUACCAACUUGCUCUUUAAGACUAAGAAACAAGACUACAGAUCAACCACCGCUUGAAAAUGCUGCCAGUGUGACAAGAAGCUGUGAAGUGAUAAGGUUGGUACUGCUAUAAUAAAAUAUUUUAGAACUCUUAAUAGAGUAAUAGACUGAUCUGUUCAGAGCCCAUAAAUGAUGUAACAAGAUAACAUGUUAAAAAAGUUUGUAAAAUGAAGGAAUUUGAGUAGUAUGUUUCAUUCAUGAGUGGCAUGCAGAAGAAAUAGUUACUGUGCAAUAAAAAUAAAGUAUGUAAGUAAUGUUAAUUAUGCUA